GACCAUCGCGAGUCGUGAAUGUUGACAAAGGACGCGUGCUGGUAUUUACAAAUUAGACGAUAAAGCUUGGUUACAUCGAUGAGGCGUCUUUAAUCUUUUCGAUCACGCGAUGGCACAGGCGGAGAGAUCUGGCAGCACCAUUAAGGAAAGGGAUAAAGAUGCCGAAGAAAAGGAAGGUCCUACCGUUGUACCAGAAUGUGCAGUGUGUCUCCAGCCUUGCAUUCACCCUGCAAGAUUACCCUGCAGUCAUAUUUACUGCUAUCUAUGUGUAAAGGGUGUUGCUAAUCAGAGCAAACGAUGUCCAAUGUGUCGCCAAGAGAUUCCACCAGAUUUCCUUGAGAAACCUCAACUGGUAGAAGUUGAAGAGUCUCAGAAGGAGUUGGAACAUUCGGAAGAAGAAUAUCAUUGGUUUUACGAAGGUCGAAAUGGUUGGUGGCAAUAUGAUCAACGUACAAGUAACGAAUUAGAAACGGCAUAUAAACAAGGAAAAAGGACUUGCGAGUUACUGAUAGCAGGAUUCCUUUACAUCGCUGAUUUUGGUUCAAUGUUUCAAUUGCGCAGAAAUGAUCCUUCUAGACGAAGAAGGAUUAAAAGAGAUUUAUAUAAUGUUCCAAGAAAAGGAGUUGCCGGAUUACGACUUAAUGUACAAGACGAGGAGAUUGUAAGAGAAAUAAGGGGUGCAGAGCGGCCAGCUAGUCCUGCGAGCGAUAGUAUGGGUACAGGAGAUGGCACGAAUACUCCUAUACCACCUAGUAACACACCACAGACACCUGCAGGCGGGACAACAAGUGGCGAUGCUACACCUCUAAACGAUAGAAUAGAUCAGAGAUCGGAUUCUUUGCAUCAGAUUCUAGAACAGAUGCGUUCUUUGGUUCUGAGAGAACAUCUAUCUUUAAACAAUGAUUAUAACGCUUUAAACAGUAAUAAUGAAUUUGAAGAGGAUACAGAGGAUGCAACCAUUCCGGAUCAUCUUACUUUCUCAUAGCUACAGAUAUUGAACACAAACUUAUCACCGAUCAUGCUUAGGAAUGUUCGAUAUGUUUUCUGUUUUUUUAUUCUACUAUUCAUCUCAAUAAGAUAGUAUUACUCACAAAUAUAAGAUAUUGCGUUUGCUAAAAGUGCGAUAAUGUACAAACUUGAUUAAUCUAGCAAACUGCAUUGCUCAAUUUACAAGAGUACGAAAAUUGAUGUACACACAAUAUAGUCUUUCGAGUUAAA